AUGGCUAUUUGUGACAGUCGCCCCAGACGAACUGUCGACAAUGCCAGUAGUUGUCCGGAACUUUUCUACAUCACACACGACCUUCUGAUUCCAAGCCAGGAACGUACACUCGUUUUUUCUAUUCGAUUCCGAAUCUUUUAUUUUGUAAAAUCGUAACGGGAGCGUGAACGUCGGAGUGCCGAAAGAUAACAGGAUACGAUCCACCGCCAUAUGGACUCGUCUUCCUCCGAUACGCAUCUACAUUCGUUGAUCUAAUAUAUGCUUGUAAUUCCAAUUCCAAAACUGUGCAAAUUGAAGCGCGCGUGGUCUGCGAGUGAAACAUACAAAUUGUCAAGUCGCGGCCGCUGAUCCUAAGCUAAGUCGGCAGGAUAAAAUCCACAAGAGCCGAAAAAAAAUUUAAGGACUACUUCAUGAGUUGGCAGUGGGAAGCCCUAAACGGACGAAGUAGUAUUGAUAUUGUGUUCGGUGGAGCCCAACACCGGAACGGGAUCAAGUAAAGAUAUUUUUUUUCGAGUUUCGUUUCGUGUUCAAGGUCCUGGACUGUACCUACAGUUCCGGUUGCAUCUUUUGAUUCGCGUUGCGUUCGUUACUUCAUAGUUAUUUUUUCUAUUUUUAUUGUGCAAAUUGCCAGUUUACAUUCAAGCCACACACACUCACAUAACCAUCCGACAAGUUGCCGUGCCUCUUCGUCUCCUAGUUAGCCACCAUUCUACAUAUCCUGCGAAUCCUGCCUCCUUUUACGGUGAAGCUGCCAAGUGGGGCUGGAGUUCUCGUGGCUCUGCCAGAGUCGCAACCAGGCCAACCAGAAACCAACUGCCGGUUACUCAAUUAGCAAAAGAGGCCACAAGGAUAAGGGGCAAGGAUUGGGAUAGGGAUAGGGGAUAGGAGAAAGGGAGCACGCUACGAUGGCCAACUAUCAAGCUGUCCACGCUCAAGAGCGACGCAUCCAAGAGCUGGACAAAACUGUGGAAAGCAUCUUCGAUGUGCGAAAGCGCAUGGGUAAGGGUGCCUAUGGCAUCGUCUGGAAGGCCACCGACAGGCGUACAAAGAACACGGUGGCCCUGAAGAAGGUCUUCGAUGCCUUCCGCGACGAAACCGAUGCCCAGCGCACCUACCGUGAGGUGAUAUUCUUGCGGGCCUUUCGCUGCCAUCCCAACAUCGUCCGGCUGUUAGAUAUCUUCAAGGCCUCCAACAACUUGGACUUUUAUUUGGUGUUCGAGUUCAUGGAGAGCGAUCUGCACAACGUGAUCAAGCGGGGCAAUGUCCUGAAGGACGUUCACAAACGAUUCGUUAUGUACCAGCUAAUCAAUGCGAUUAAGUUUAUUCACUCGGGCAACGUCAUCCACAGGGACCUCAAGCCCAGCAACAUCCUGAUCGAUAGUAAAUGCAGGCUCAAAGUGGCUGACUUCGGCCUGGCCAGAACCCUCUCCUCGAGACGCAUCUAUGAUGAUUUGGAACAGGACGGCAUGCUGACUGAUUAUGUUGCCACGCGUUGGUAUCGCGCCCCCGAAAUUCUGGUGGCCAGUCGGAACUACACCAAGGGCAUCGAUAUGUGGGGCCUGGGCUGCAUCCUGGGCGAGAUGAUCAGGCAGAAGCCCCUAUUCCAAGGCACUAGCACUGUCAAUCAGAUUGAGAAGAUCGUGACUUCCCUGCCGAAUGUGACAAAGCUGGACAUCGCUUCGAUUGGACCCAGCUUCGGCAGCGUCCUGCUGAGCAGGAAUAUCCAACGCGAUCGCCGCUAUUCGCUGGACGAAAUGAUGAAGAACUGCUGCGACGACGGUAUUUCGCUGGUGAAGGCCCUGCUGGUGCUGAAUCCGCAUAAUCGGCUGACAGCCAAGACGGCCAUAAGGCAUCCUUAUGUAAGUCGCUUCCAAUACGCGUCGGCAGAGAUGGAUUUCCACAUGGACAUCGUGCCGCCGCUGAAAGAUCAUAUGCGCUAUGACGUAGACCAGUACCGCAACAGUCUGUACGAACUGAUUGACCGGGAGACCAGUGGCAGUGCCCGCACGGUCAGCAAUUCCACGUCAUCCAGCAAUCGAGACGAGUUAGCGAAACCCGUGCGAGUCACGAAGCAAACCAGGACAAUCAGUGCCAAACAAUCGACCACGAGCCCGGCGGAAAGGAAGAAGGAGCCAUCUUCCGUCGAGGUGACCCAGUCGCGCAGGAACAUUAAGCUGCUGGGCUCCGCACAUAAGGCGAAGUCGACGGAGAUCAAUCGCACGGAGUCUGCAGUUACGCAAGCCUAUAUUGCUUCUACUCCUGCAGCAGCUGCUCCUCCUGCUGCUGCUUCUGCUGCUACUGCUCCUGGUGCAGGGCGAAAAUCUGGUGAAAAAUCUGUGCACAAAUGCCGACACAACAAUGCGGCGAUCCAACGGGAAUUGGCCGCCGUGGCGGCCGCGGCAGCCGUGGUUCGCCGGAAGAAAAGCACAUGGCAAUCGCAGGCAAAGUCUCAAGGCAAAUUCCACAGCGAAGCGAAGGCCCAUGCUCAGACUACGAUUCAGACCCAUAAGGACAACAUGAAAGAUAGCCCCCCGAGGAUGAUGCAAAAGUCCCAGAGCCCAAUGGAUGCUAAGGAGCCAAUUCCACAGCAUCGGUACUCAAACAAGCUGAGCCAAGAGAAGAAAUCCAAAGAGAAACACCACAGCAUGCUUUGCAUCACAAGAAAUACGUUUCCCUCAGAUGCGAAGCAUCGCCAACAGAUGGAGAUUCUUCAGAGGGAGGAAAGGAGGCAAAUGAAACGGGAGCUCGAGCUAAAGGACAACCAGCGCCGCCGCAUUGAGGCGGAGAACGAUCCCUUGAAGGAGACAACUGAACAGGAGUCCACGACGAUCAAGGAGAUAAAACGAAAGGUGUGUGAGCAUACUGAGAAGAAGGCGGAUGAAUCGUUGUCCAAGGGUCAGCAUAAUGAUUCGACCACCUUUGGCACAUGCGUCCGCGAACGGAUCCAUCACCUGGAGCUAGAGAUGGAGAAGUGCACGGAGGAGUUGGUGGACUUUGUCGAGUUGAAUGCGGAUGUGCUUAACUAUGCGAACGUAAGUUCGCACUUGAAAAAGCUGCAGCGGUCAAAGGAGAAUAAUGAGAAGGAUGAGGAUGACAGAAGACUUCUGCCGGAGGGCAUUUGUGGUCCCGGCUCCCAAAACUACAAGAUCUUUCGCCAGGAGCAAGAAAAGGAGCGCCAGCGCCAGGUGCAGGAGUUCUUGGCCCGCGACGAGACCAAUGAGUACGAUAAUCUCGAUCUGGACCACGCCUACAGAGCUAAGUACUAUACAGCAUAUAAGGAAAUAGGGAAAGAACUCAACCCCGCACCGGACAGUGGGGGACGCGAUUCCGGAUCGGAGCACUCCCCGGGGCGGGACAACGACUGCAAGUAUGCCGACUACUUUCGCAAAUCCACCCCCCCGAAGCAGAUUUGGAAAGAUCUGGAGCGAGGGAAUGAACUUAAUCGGGGGCACGACCGCAUAUACGAGUUGUUUUGGUUGGAGGAGCGCAGGGAGGAGGAAAAAUAUCGCCGGAUGUUGGCCCAGAAUGACCAAGAAGAACUCCCAGUUCACCGCCUCCGGCCGUGCCGCCAUCGCCACCACAAACCCAACCAACCAAAUGCUCGCUUUGAUAACUUGAGGCCCACGGAGGACGACAUUCAGGAGGCGGACUCAUCGCCGGAGAGCAACUGAUAUGUCCUUGAAUAUUUGUCCCAGUCUUGACGCAAUAUACAUACAUAUAUUUUGAAACGCGAA